UGUUGGGCGCCGGAAGAGGACGGACCUAAGAUGGCGGCGCCCACGGAUGCCAGGAAGAGCCGCUCAUGUCGGGGAACGGAGUGGUGUGGAGCCGAGUGCGAAACCGCCUCCGCGCCUUCCCCGAGCGCCUGGCGGCCUGUGGGCCCGAGGCAGCGGCCUACGGCAGGUGCGUGCAGGCGUCCACGGCCCCGGGCGGUCGCCUGACGAAGGAUCUUUGCGCGCAGGAGUUCGAGGCCCUGCGGAGCUGCUUCGCCGCCGCGGCCAAGACGACCGUGAAGGGAGGCUGUUAGGAGGGACCAGUGCUGCAGUUCACGGCCAUGUGCUGCCCCAGGGCGCAGAGACAGGCACCUGGUCUUGAUGGCUUCAAGGGAGCAACAUCUUGAAACACUGAAAGCUCUUAGGGCUAAAAGGACUUGACCGCGUCAGGGCGAGCUAUGGGCAGAGGGGCAGUGGUCCCCAUCAGUGUAUACACGGGGGUUUGGGUUAGAAUGAGAUGGCAAUGAACCACCAAUAAAGACCAUGCAGGUCACA